AUGGUUGCUUCACAAAUUCCGGCUGCAGUCCCCUACGCGUGGCCGUCUGACGCGUCCUUCUCGCGAGAAACGACCGCAUUGGUCAUUAUAGAUAUGCAGAACGACUUCUGCACUGAUGGCGGUUACAUGACGCACCAGGGGCACGAUAUCUCUGGUGCACGAGCAAUCAUUCCAGGAAUCCAAGCACUUCUGCAUGCCUUCCGAGAGGUCGGCUGGCAAGUGUACCACACACGCGAAGGUCACCGUGCCGACCUUUCAACCCUCUCCCCUCGAGAGGCUUUCCGUUCUCGCAACAACCCCUCAGGUCAAGGCAUCGGCGCGCCUAGCCCCCUCGGAGGACGGCUUCUCAUUCGGGGAGGCAAGGGACACGACAUCAUCCCUGAGCUCUAUCCAGCCGAGGGCGAACCGAUAGUCGACAAAGCCGGCAAAGGAGCCUUCGCAAACACCGACUUCGAGCUCUUGUUGCGCAACCGAGGGAUCAGGAAUCUCCUGAUCGCAGGAGUCACGACCGACGUGUGCGUGAGCACCACCGUCCGCGAGGCCAGUGACCGAGGGUUCGACUGCGCGGUACUCAAGGAUGCAUGCGCCAGCGUGCAUGUGGCGCUGCACGAGGCGACGCUGAGCAGCAUUGCCGGAGAGGGAGGCAUCUUUGGGACCGUGCUGGCGGUGGAAAACGUGCUCGAGGCAAUGGGCCAGGCUGCUGCGUAUGCAAGCUUCCUGCGGGCUGCGCCCUGGCCGGGCCCUGGUGAGACAAAGAUAGCAGAGCCGCUGCAACAAUAA